ACCACUUCUGUCUUUCACUCUUACACGUUAUUUCUUACGUGUUAUAAUGAACUCGUUGCUCACAAACAGUCGUGCACGAGUUCACAUUUUGCAUGUUUUUUCCAAAUGAUAUUUCCUAUGUUUACUUCCGCUUCUGGGUCUGCGUGGCUCCGCCCACACAUUCCUGUGUGUCUGGGCUGAGAGGAGGAGGAGGAGGAGGGAAGAAAAAGGAAAGACAAGCUGCAGAGAGUCGCCUGUGGACGCUGGAGCAGAACGGAGAUGACUAACAACAACAACAACAACAACAACAACAACGACAACAGCAGACACAGACAGUGACUCUCACACACACAUCUGAUCUAAAACCAGCUGGACGCUUCCUGUUUCCCCCCUUUCUAUUUUUUUUCUUUACUCAAACAAGUUGUCGGGAAACUUUUUUUUUUGUUUCCUUCUGAACCGGAGUUGGAGCAGGAGUUGGUUUUCCAGUCCGACCUGCAGUGCAACACAACCCCUUUCUGCUGCUGGAGGAGAAAAAACAACAUCCACAAGUCCGGAGAGAGAGAGAGUGUGUGUGUGUGUGUGUGUGUGUGUGUGUGUGUCUGUCUGUCUGUCUGUCUGUCUGUCUGGAGGGGAUCAUGGAGAUCAUGGACAGUAGUGAAUCGUUCCUGCACUGGGACAGGAACCUGAGCGAGCUGUCUGAGGCCGCAGAGAUGGACUCGGUGCUGUACACUAAUCACUUCUCCGAGCUCCUCGACGACCUGUCCCAGGACGCCUUGCUGGGCCAGCUGCUCAGCGACCCCUUCCUGUCCGGGGUGCGCGGCGGCGGCAUGGAGGCCAUGGAGGGCGACGAGGACGGCGGCGACCUCUCCCCGUCCUCCCCGCUGCCCCCGCACAUCACGGCCGAGCACAGCUACUCGCUGUGCGGCGACAGCCGGCCGCAGUCGCCGCUGUCGCACCUGACCGGCGAGCAAGGCAGCGAAGCAGCAGAGUCCGACGGGGAGUGGCCCAUGGAGCAGGACGAAGCCAUCGACAGCCUCCUGUGUGAGACCCCCGCCCUCCUCCCCAGCCUCGCCCUGUCUCUGGUCCCCGGCGAGGGGCCCCGAGCGACCAAGGGCCCCGCUGUGGCCCCUGCCGCGGUCGCCACCGCUGCCGCCGCCGCCACAGCCGCCGCCAUCCCAGCCCCGGUCCCAGUCAGCAGCCACGACCAGAGCAAAGGCGUCAAGAUAAAGGAGGAGAAUGCCGUCCCUCAGAUUAAACUGGAGCCUCAUGAAGUGGAUCAGUUUCUCAACUUUUCCCCCAAAGGUCUGGAGUCCCUGCAGAUGCCUCCGACUCCUCCCAGUUCCCACGGCAGCGACUCGGAGGGCAGCCAGAGCCCCGUCCACGCCCCGCCCGGCCUCUCCUGCCCCGCCUCGCCCGCCAGCCCCUCCCCGCCACAGGCCGGCCUGAAGGUGGCGCCCCGCGCCGCCUCCUCCUCCCUGUCCAACUCGCCUCUGCUCACCGCCGCUCACAAACUGCAGGGCUCAGGGCCGCUGAUCCUGACGGAGGAGGAGCGUCGGACGCUGGUUGCCGAGGGUUACCCCGUUCCCACCAAGCUGCCGCUGACCAAGGCCGAGGAGAAGGCGCUGAAGAAGAUCCGCAGGAAAAUCAAGAACAAGAUUUCAGCUCAGGAGAGUCGCAGGAAGAAGAAAGAGUACAUGGACGCUCUGGAGAAGAAGGUGGAGACCUGCUCCAACGAAAACAACGAGCUGCGCAUGAAGGUGGAAUCUCUGGAGUGUACAAACAAGUCUCUGCUGCAGCAGCUGCAGUCUCUGCAGGCGAUGGUGACGGGCAAAGUCCCCAAGUCGUGCAGGAUGGCGGGCACCCAGACCUCAUCAUGCCUAAUGGUGGUCGUGUUGUGUUUCGCCCUGUUCCUGGGCAGUUUUUACCCCGGCGGUCUGAGCCCGGGCUCCACCAUCACCGCCACGGGCCUCGCCUCCAAGCAGCCGGCCGUCGCGGAGUCUUACACAGCCACAGUCAAGUCGAGGAAUCUGUUGUCGACCUUCGAGGACGAGCAGCCGCACCUGCUCGGCCUGGGCGGCGAGUACCCCGAGCAGUGGGAGGACGCGCCGGCCGUCGUCAUGGCGGCGUGGCGUCACUCGGAGCAGCAGAAGCAGGGGGCGGAGCCCGGCCGGGCUGAGACGCACCCGCCGUUCAGGAGCAAGGGCAACGACACGCAGACGCAGAAAAACCUGCUGCUGGACCUGCACAGGUCGCUGGAGCAGAUUGUGAACGAGAGCGGCAGUAAAGUGAUAGAGUUGGAGCGGACGGUCAACGAGACGUCCUGAGGUCGCCGUCACGCCCCCCCCCCCCCCCCCCCCUCACCCCCCUAACCCCUCCCCUCUAGAGCAUGGUUCAGUGUCCUGGAGCAAACACCUCAUACAGUAGUUCCCACUGCUGGUUAUUAUUUAAGGUCAUUUAUUUUAUUUUUUAACGCCACCUCUGUUCGAUCAGAUACACUGAAAUAGUAAUAAUAAGGAUGAGGAGAGAAGGGGGCACUGGUUGCCUUCGUUUCUGAAGUAAAAAGUUGCACUGAAUUGUUUUUUAUUUUUACGCGAGUCAGCAUCUUCAGCUUUAUUGUUUUUCUUAAUUAAUUUGACCCGACAUGAAACACGUGUUUUUAAAAAAAAGAAAGAAAAAGGAAAAAUUCAUAUUCGGAAUGAAUUCAAACAUUAAUGUAGCGUAGCAUUUAUUCCAUUGGAGAGAAAUUUUGACAUGUGAGGCUUUGUACAGGACACUGACGACGACCUCUGUAUUUAUAGAAACCUUUUUUUUUUCUUUUUCAAAAUUGUAUUUCUCCUUGUAGCUAUGUAUUUCUUUUAAUAUUAAAUGUAUUUUUUAAUUCUAUUCCAGUCAUGCAUACAGUACACGACAUUUUGAUAUAUUUUUUGGUGUUAUUUUAUUAUUUUAUUGUGCUUUGUUUUAAUAUAUAUUGCUCACGUCUCUUCAGCUGACUCCAGAUUUCAUGCGUCGAGGUCUUAGCUCCGGGUUCCUGCGCUUAUUCGAAAAAGAAAUCAUGAGAAGCUCCUGUAAAGGGAUAUUCGGUUCUGCCAAAGAAUUAAAAAGUGUUUGGGCAUGCAGCUGCAAAUCAAAUGCCAUUUCACAUUUAUCCACGCACCUAUAGACGUCAUCGUGUUUUGGGUGUUUACAGGUGGAAUCAUUAUUCUGCAGCUUCCAGAAAACCCAGUUUUUCCACAGUAAAUACUGAAACUGUGGAUUAUUAAUUAAAUAACGAACGCUCGGUCACAUCUGACGUGUGGGGACCCCGCUAGCGAUGCCGCAGACAUUUGGACUCACUUCUGUGUGUGUGAAAGUCACUGUGUCGAUAUAUGAGGCUUUUUUUCUUCCUGUAAAUUUGAUUUUAUCAUGUUUCCUUCCCCUUUGAGGAAGAGGUUGAGUUUUGGAACCACAGAUUUCUCCCGUCUGCACUCGCUCUGCUCGGCCUUUGAAUCCUCGCUUUGCACACCUCCGCCGUCAGCCCCGAGAGUCUCUAUCUGCUACUAUGUUGUUUUUUCUCCUUUUUUUUUUUUUUAAAGCAUUUACCAAAAAUAUUUCUUGCCCAGAAAUUACAAAAAAAAAAAAUAAAAGUAUCUAUUUUUGUAAAUAUGAGUUGUUAAUAAAUAAAUAAGAAAGUUCUAAGAAUGUGUCUGGGCUGUGUAGUUUAUGAAACCGAACAAAUUAUUCAUUCCGGGUCUUCACUUCCUGGUUUCGUCCCGACUCAUCAUCAUCAUCAUUUUGGCUUUAAGUGUUUCACAGAUUUGUCUUUGUUCCAAAACCCGACACGAGGCCCGUUCGCCUUCUGUACAUCCACGCUGUAAAUACGAAGUCGCCCAAUUUGAUAGAAAAAUUGAAUAUCUAUACUGCCCUAACUAAAGUAAGUGGAGCCCAGAAACGCAACAAAUUGUAUUUUUUAGAAGUGAGGUGAAGAAGAAAAAACACCGCAUCUUACUGUUGAUCCCGGCUUUGUAUAUGUAGAUCUCUUUUUCUCCACGGUGCCUUGAAAAUCAAGAUUUCGUUUCUACGUUGCCUUGUUGUGUAAAAUCGGCCCCGACUUGGGCUUCCUGUCUUUUUGCAUACAAAUAAAACAAAUAAAGUAUUUUCCGUAGUAAAAAGCAGA